CCCUUAGGCAAUAUUCCUUUUGAAUAUUGAGAUUAACCAUGACCACAGGGUGGUAUGCUUGAGAGCCAGGCCACCAUCAGGGGAGAAGUUGGUGGUCAUUUUCCUCUAAGAUUUCUUGAUCUUUAACAGGUAUCACAGAGAACUGCUGUCAAGUGCAAUGAAUAACGACAACAAUGCCAGGGAAUUUGUGCUUCUGGGAUUUUCUCAUCACCACGAGUUUCAGACCCUUCUGUUUGGUUUCAUCCUGUUUAUAUACAUUCUGACCAUUCUGGGGAACCUGGCCAUCAUGGUCCUCACUUGUCUUGACUCCCGCUUCCACUCUCCCCUGUACUUCUUCCUCUGUAACUUCUCCAUCACAAAGAUGCUAGUCACCUCCACUGUGGUUCCUAGGAUUCUGGCAGACCUGCUACCCACUCAUAGGACUAUGUCCCUGGCCCAGUGCCUGACCCAGUCUUUCUUUUACUUCACUCUGGGCUCCACCACCUUCCUGAUCCUCACAGUCAUAGCUUUUGAUUGCUAUGUGGACAUCUGUCACCCUCUGCACUACCCAACUAUCAUGAGUAGCUCAGUUUGUGUGAAGCUGGUGGUGGACUGCUGGGUGGUCAGGUUCCUCUCCAUUGUCUCAACUACUCUACAGAAAACACAGCUCUUGUUCUGUGGCCAAGUCAUUGACCACUUCUUCUGUGACUCUACACCACUUCUCAAACUAUUCUGCUCUGACAUCAAUCAUACUGAGCAUAUGGACUUCUUCUCGUCAUUGCUCUUUGUGCUGACCACAAGGCUGCUUAUUGUGGUGUCCUACAUCCUCAUUGUGGCUGCUGUGUUCCACAUCUCUUUCUCCAGGACCCAGAAGGCCUUCUCUACCUGUGCCUCCCACCUCACAGUGGUGGUUCUGGGCUAUGGCAGCAUCAUCUUCAUCUAUGUGAGGACAGGAAGGGGCCAUUCUAUACACUUUUACAAGAUGGUGGCUCUGAUGACUGCAGUAGGAACCCCUUUCAUCAACCCUUUUACCUUCUGGAAUGAGAAGAUCAAGUCUGAGGACAUGACCAAAAGGAUCCUCCUCAGAGACUCAGCAGUCCACAGGUAA